ACGUGCGCGCGGCGUGGCUGAGCCACAGCGUGCAGUCAGCUGACCAGACGCUGAGCUAACAGCUUUUCUCCUGAACUCCGGUGUAACCUCUGGUCUCUCGGCCUGGCUGAGAGGAAGCGGUCCAAACGCUUGUGCAAACAUGGACGUGCAUAAAGACGCCUUUGAGCUCGCUGCUGCGGCGUAUCCUGCAUGAGAGGAGGAGAGCUGGGAGCUGCAGUCACGAGUUGCUCCUGACACGUUUCCCUCGGAGCAGCGCGCUCCUGCUGCCUCAGCGGAGGAGGAAGUUGAAUGUGUGUUAAUGUCAUAUUCUGCGCCGUGUUUCGGUACUAAGACGCAAAAUGCCUUCUUUGGAGCAAGUGAAGCGGAGUUUGGAGAGCGCGGGGCAGGCGCACGUCCUGCAGUUUUGGCCGGAGCUGAGUGAGGAGCAGAGGGACGCUUUCCUCUGGGAGCUGGCUCAGCUGGACCUGAAGGGGCUGAAGGAGCACUGUGAGGGGGCCGCGAAGGCUGCAGCCUCCCCGCCUGACAGUCUGGAUCAGCACAUAGAGCCGAUCCCCCCCGAGUCCAUCGGCAGCGUGAGGAAAAGUGGCAGAGACUGUCUCGCAGAGUGGGAAAACCGAGGCUUGGUGGAAAUCUCAGAGGAUCGUGUUGGAGUGCUGCUCUUGGCUGGCGGUCAGGGGACCCGUCUUGGUGUUCAGUAUCCUAAAGGGAUGUACAAUGUUGGGCUGCCAAGUGGUAAAACCUUGUAUCAGAUCCAGGCAGAACGCAUUCGCAAACUCCAAGAGCUCGCAGACAGCAAGCAUGGCUCUAAAUGCACUGUUCCAUGGUACAUAAUGACCAGUGAGUUCACUCUGGUUCCCACUGAGAAGUUCUUUGAGGAGAACAACUAUUUUGGUCUGGAAGCAUCAAACAUUAUUAUGUUUGAACAAAGGAUGAUUCCAGCUGUGACCUUUGAUGGAAAAGUUAUCUUGGAAAAUAAAGGGAAGCUAGCCAUGGCCCCAGAUGGUAAUGGAGGUCUGUACCAGGCGCUGGUGGACAAUAAGGUGCUGGAGGACAUGAAGAAAAGGGGGGUGCAGUACCUGCAUGUGUACUGUGUGGACAACAUCCUAGUCAAGAUGGCCGAUCCUGUGUUUAUUGGCUUCUGUGUGAGCAAGGGGGCUGACUGCGGGGCCAAGGUGGUGGAGAAGGCAUACCCAGCAGAGCCGGUUGGUGUGGUUUGCAGAGUACAAGGGGUAUCCCAGGUGGUGGAGUACAGCGAGAUCCAGCCACAGACAGCUGAACUGCGAGGACCUGGAGGAGAGUUGGUCUACAGUGCUGGAAACAUCUGCAAUCACUUCUUUACCAGGAGCUUCCUGCAGGAUGUGGCCGAGAAAUACAAGCACCAACUGAAGCAACAUGUUGCCAUAAAGAAAGUGCCCUUUGUGGAUGCAGAAGGUAUUCAAAUCAAACCAACCAAAUCCAAUGGCAUAAAGAUGGAGAAAUUUGUUUUUGAUGUCUUCCCAUUCUCAAGGGACUUUGUUGUGUUCGAGGUCGAGAGAGAGGAAGAGUUUUCCCCCCUGAAAAAUGCAGACGGAUCAGCCACGGACAGCCCGACCACAGCCAGAAACGCCUUGCUGGCUCAACACUGCCGCUGGGCCACAGCUGCUGGAGCCACACUGUUGGAUAAACACGGGAAUCCCCUUCCUCUUACGAGUGUGUCAGCAGAUGACAGACCUCCGGCUCAGUGUGAGAUUUCACCACUAGUCUCGUACUUUGGAGAGGGCCUGGAGCAGCUGCUGAAAGGGAGGACCAUUGCUACUCCCUUUGUUCUGGAUGAGAAACGGGCUGAAGAGCUGCAGGCUCAGUAGCUUUUCUCUCAUUUAGAGAGUUGUUUGACAUUCCAGCACCGUGGAGUACAGCUUAGAAAUGUACACCAGGACUGGGAUGAAGCAUGCUCGAUGGUUGAAAAAGUAACAAUGUUAUUGUUACUUUGAUAGCCUACAUUGUGAUGUCAUGCCCUGGAAAAAAUGAGGGAGUUACAGGAAUUUCUAUCAAAUUAUUUUUGAUUCACACAAAAUAAAUAAAUAAAUA